CUCAAAUGCUUUUGACAUCAACCUUUCACUCUAACAACCUCUAAUCCAAAAUAAACGGGAAAUUGGCUUCUGGAUAUGGAACCUUUGCCAUGGACGAUCUGCUUAUCUCGGUGUCUACCACAACGGUGAAACGACCCACCAAGUCGGAUUCAUUUAGCGAGACAACCAUCUCCCCUAAUGCAGUUCAAAAUGCCGAGAAGGUUGACCCAGGAAAUCCGAAUGAAGUUCUGAAAGCUCUGAAAAGCCAGCCUGGGUUUGAGAUUCUGCAAAAAAUUCUGCAGCAUCUUGAAAAACCCUCGACAGGCGCUAACGCCUUCAAUCUCAUUACCCCAACUCCUGUAUCUGCUCAGAUAGUCGACACCUUGGUCAACAAUACCAUCCCAGAUUACUGGCGGACUCUGAAAGAGACGAACAGGCUUGUGAAAGAGCUUGUCAAAUGUCUGCAGAACGCGAACGGACUAGGAGCGAUCCUUAGCAGGCUCCGGCCGCUAAUUGUGGACUGCCGGCAAAAGAAACCUGUGAACAAUACGCGGGAUCCGUCAUCAUAUAUUGAGGAUCUCAUAGAGAUCUUAGAAAAGAUCCUUGCGGGCGACAGAAUUUCAUCUCAGAUAUGGCACGAUAUUCGCGCGCAUGCUCAGAACCCGACCCAGAGGACUCUUAUGUGGAAAGAGUAUAUUUCCCAGGUUGCUUCGGGAAGGGUACUGGCAGCGGUAGCGGAGGCUGAGAAUGCCAUUAAAGAGCACGGGUCCUCGCCGAAAGCAUCCUGGCUAGCAAAUGGUCAGGAAUAUUCUUCCUGGCUGGGGCGUAACAUGGCAGUGUUUAUGAAGGAUGCCGUUGCGGAAGAAGCCUUAAUUUCAGAUGUCACAAGUCUCUGUGCCAAAGUCCUAUCAUUGGGGUAUCUCGAGCAUGUAGUCACGCCUAUUGUGAGGUUCGUGGUCAGGGAACAAACCACUACAAUAUUGGAGAAAUUUCUCCCAAAAAUGAAAGCAUACGAGCAACGGAAAUAUUUUGAUGCACUCAUCUCAAGUACAACUAAAGAAUUCUUUGGACAGACCGUAGAGAGCAAGGACGAAGCCUUUCUCAAGUCAACUCCGUCUAUUUCGGGGGCAGCAAGUCUGUACCACAACAUCAUAAAGGACAACGAGCUUCUUAGAGAUCACCUUGUUACGGUACUUGCGCGCUCUAGCAUCCGUGUUCUCGACGAUUCUCUUACAGCGCGGCGGAGCGUCAUAGCGGCACUAGCACAGGAUGAGGAGAAGCUUCACACAUUGCUCGAACACUGCUUAAAGACCUUUGGAGAUUCGUUUUACAUCUCACAUACACCUCUCCUACAGCAAGGGGCCCUCGCGCAAACACUUGCCAUAACUUGUGGCUAUGUCCAACGUUCACAGCCGAUGUUUCUCACUCUGAUGGCAAAGUCGUCGUAUCACGUCUCUGGAAUGUCAAACCGGAUAGCAGCCACAUCGCCCAAAGCCCGCUUCCUGGGCAUGGCAAUUGGCACAGCUAUAUCAAGGAUGGUUGAUAAGCCAGACUCACAGCUGAAAUUUGACCUUGAAGGGAGCGAGGCUGACGAAGCGCUGUUCUACCAGAGGCUUACUGAAGUGGACGACAAGAUAGGCUCUCUUGCAGACUUGAAGCUGAAGGACAGGGACGUCGAAUCUCUACGCGACGCGCGACGAGUCAAGAAACCCAUAAAGGCAUCAAAAUCCGCAGAAGAGCCCACCACGACACCUGCUAUAACCGAAAUCACCGGUCCACGUAUCGUGGAAGUUCUCAGCGACUCAGACGAAGACUCCGACCUGAUUCCCUACGCAAAACCCGACUCUGACCCGGAGGAUGAUACCGAAGAUCCCACAGAAAUAAACCGUAACAAGCCCGUCGCCCCGGUAUACAUCCGGGACCUCAUCGCGGGCCUCCGCGACCAGGAGAACUACGAGCGACAUCAACUGGCCCUCCAAACCGCCGGUCCCCUCAUUCGCCGCAAAGCCAACUUCGGCACUGAAGUCGUCGAUCACAUCGAGGAACUUGCAUCUUUGCUCGUUGGUCUGCAAGACAACUUCGAGCUCCCAGACUUCGCCGUCCAUCGCCAACAAGCUCUCAUCGCCGUCCUGCUCGCCAAACCAGCGCCCAUGGCGCAGUGGUUCGCGCGCACGUUCUUCUCCGGCGACUACUCCAUCGUCCAACGCACCGCCAUACUCACGACCCUCGGUCUCGGGGCCCGCGAACUCGCCGGCAUGAAGGACGCAUCAACAGAUGACCUCAUCCCGCCUACCUCAGACUUCCCAAGUAAGAACCUCCCACCUCACCUACAUAAACUCUACUCCUCUAGUACAUCCAACCCCGUGGCAAAACUCACAUCCUCAAUGACCCAACAACUCCUCUCCCCGCUAGCCGCCUCAGCCGCAGACCAACUCACCGGCCCCAACGUCGUCAAAAUCCGCACCUUCAGCUCGAGAAUGCAAGUCGAGAAGCGACGCACGAAGCCCAUUCCCAAUGCGCUGGCCCAGAUCGUCGCGGAUAACUUCUUCUUCCCGUUGACGGGACGGUGGUGGAUAUGUGUGAAGGCUUCAUCAUCAUCUUCUUCUGGGCAUCUCGGAAUUGCGAGUGGGCAAGACAGUGUGUACACGAGUCCUCAUCUACUGCCUCCGUUUCUGCAGACGCUGGCGUUGCUGCUACAUGCGAGUGGGCCGAAUACGUUGGCGCUGCCGCAGAUGACGCGCGAGUUCUGGGAAGUGCUGCUCUUGGUGAGGGGGGUGGCGGUGGGUGAUAAGGGGGUGUUGAGUGCACUGCUUUUUGCUUUCCUGAUGCUUUUGGAGGUGAAUGGUGAGAGGAGGGAUGGGCUUGCGAGGGAGCAGGGAGCGGAGUUGUUGGAGACUUUGAGUUGGGUGCAAGGGGUAUUUGCGGGGCUGCCUUCCGGGAGCGAGGAGGACGAGAAGGCGAGGGGGUUGUGCGCUGCGGUCGUGGUGAGGUGUCAGGAGGUUGUUGAGGCGGAGAGGACGAGGUUGAUGGGGAGGAUGAUGGAUUUCUAGUCGAAGGUAUCCAAUACA